UUUCCUCCAGCAAUUCACAAUUUUUUUUCCAAGAAGAAAAAAGGGCGAAAGGGUGAUAUUUGGUGAUAAAAAUUUGCCCUAUCGUGGGGGAGAUAUUGAAGAUACGGUGGAAGUUCUGAGGUGUCAUUUUACGAUCGGAGAUUGUGAGAUAUCGAAAGGUUUUGAGGUGUUUAGGGAGUGCGAGCGGAUCGUCAAGAUUUCGAGUUGGAUUGUUUAUUUUCUCCUUCUUCACCUCUCUUAGUUCACCCUUUGAUUUACAGUUAAUUUACGUUCAAGUUUAUCCAACGACUUUUCAAAGAGUUAUAAUAAAGACCAGAGACAGGAGGAUCCAAGUUGAAGCGUCAAACAUCCGGCGAUCAAGGGGUAACUGGGAGUUAAGAACGAAGAAGCUGAGAUAAAUCCAAGACCUCGAGCGAGGGAUAAAACAAUAGGUGCCGAGUCAACGAGUCAAGCUAAAAACACCUUGAGACAUUUUCAUUGAGAAAUCCGAGACAUCCACCGGCAAGAUUACCGGCCGCGGCGGUUGCGCCAAGUAUUGUGGAACUGCUCCAUCACCCGGCAACAUUUCAUUCUCCAGCUUCCGUCAAUCCUUCACCAGCAAUGUCAACUACCUGAAACGGAGGUUCUCCUCCGGGGACUUGAGCUCUGAGCUUGAUGAUGAGCCUGGAGCUGAGCCCGGGAUGGCCUCCGUGGUACGACAGGACUCGAGUCAGCCGUAUCAGGGGACACCAGAUCGUCCCCUGCAGUCUCAGCCUGCCCCCAUACCACCGCCAUCACAACCACCAGUUCCUGGGGCACCACCUGGAGGUGACCUAAGCCUCAACCUAAGACCGAGCUCGAGAACCACAAGUGCACCAUCAUCACCGGCCAAAACCAGGGAGAGUCUUUUGCAGAGAGUUCAGAGUCUCACUGGUGCUGCCCGGGAUCAGGGUGCAUCGAUACUUGGUGCAGCUGUGGGCGGUGCAACUCGUGGUUCAUCGUACAACAAGGAUCGUUGUUUCACUCUCCUGGUGAUAGACGAUCAGAAUACAGACUGGAGCAAGUACUUCCGGGGACGUAGAAUUCAUGGUGAUUACGAGAUACGGGUUGAACAGGCCGAGUUCCGGGAGUUGUCUCUGACGGCUAGUGAGGUUGGCGCCAGCGUAUCCAUGGCUGUCUUCCGUAAUGGGACCAAGGUCAUCAGAUCUUUCAAGCCCGAUUUCGCUCUGGUGCGGCAAAACCUCCGUGACGCCGGGGAAGACAAUAGGAACAUCCUCCUCGGUCUGAUGUACGGCAGCAUUCCGAGUGUUAAUAAUCUCACGGCGAUUUACAAUUUCCAGGACAAACCAUGGGUAUUUGCCCACCUGCUGGGUCUACAGCGCCGUCUCGGCAAGGAGAAUUUUCCCCUCAUAGAUCAGACGUACUAUCCGAAUCAUCGGGAGAUGGUCUCAGCACCUCGUUACCCAGCAGUCGUAAAACUUGGUCAUGCACACGGUGGCAUUGGUAAAGCUCGUGCUGAGAACAACCAGGAAUUCCAAGAUUUAGCAUCACUGGCAGCUCUAACAACAGUCUAUUCCACAUCGGAGCCCUACAUAGACACCAAAUACGACGUUCACGUUCAGAAAAUCGGCAAUAAUUACAAAGCAUUCAUGCGGAAGAGCAUCAGCGGUAAUUGGAAAUCCAACACGGGAUCGGCGAUGCUGGAGCAAGCAUCGAUGACGGAGAGAUAUCGAGCUUGGGUUGACCAUGUUUCUAAUUUAUUCGGAGGUCUCGAUAUUUGUGCUAUUGAAUUAUUAGUGGGUAAGGAUGGCCGCGAGUAUAUCAUCGAGGUUAAUGACAGUGCAUUGUCAUUGAUGGGGGAUUCCCAGGAAGAGGACAGACGUCAAAUAGCUGAUCUUGUUGCUGCUAAGAUGCAAGCUUGCUGUAGACCGCAAAGUGUCUUGACUAAGACAGCAUCGAGGGGAUCAAUGUCAGGUGCGAGUCAAGCAACGAGUCCCGCGGAAGAGCGUGGACCACCAUCUGGGCCCCCGCCUGGACCGGCGCCAGUCCUCGGUGCUCACCCACCCAUUGGCUCCAUGGGUUCCAUGGGUAGCAUAGGCUCGAGCAUUGGUGCGACCACCGGGGCUGAUGUUACGAAAUCCGAUAGCCAUGGACAGCUCGUACGAAGGGACUCCCAAGCAUCUCAAUCGAGCACAGUGAGCAGUGCCCCGUCAACAGGACGUCGUGCCGACGAACCGCCACCCCUGCCCCCAUCCCGAGUACCAUUUCACCGUCAAGGAAGUCAAUCGCAGCCGUCGACUGGCGAAGACAGCGAGGACACCAUGAAAAAUCUCCGGAAGACAUUUGCCGGUAUAUUUGGAGAGAUGUAGAAUGCGUAAAAAAAAAAAACAUUUAAUAUUUCAUAAUCCUGGCUGAUGCGACGACAGAGCUGAGUAUUGGGCAUUAAAAUAUAAUGGUGAAACGAUUGAAACUGAGAGAAGAAUGGAAAAUAAUAAUUAAACCGGUAUUCUAAUGAGGGGCAAUGAGAAUGGGAGAAAGAAUUCAUGGCGUCUGGGCGAGUGGCGAUCACCUCGACGUGAAACAUUAAACCCUGGGAGAUUAAAGCUCGUGAGUCCGACAGUACUUACUUAUACAUUCGCAGAUUAUAGCGAGAUGGUUAAUAGCCAUUUAUUUCACUUGUACUUUAUUCUGUCAGCUUUUCAUCGACUCACGUGCAGAGAAAAAUCUGUUCAUAAUUGUUAUUUCAACGAUUUUUCAAUAAACUCUUCGUAGAAAUUGAUCGGUCCACUUCUAUUAUCAUUUCCUUCAUUUUUUAAAAUUGAAAUUUGAAAAAUCCAACGCAUCAAUAAAUUCUGUAUUUUACGGAAAAAAAAAAUGAAAAAGGGAGGCUGUGGUUUUUCCUGCACUCUACGCUUCCGGGGGUUGUGACAUAAAUUUGUGAAAUUAUCAACAGAUUGUUCUCUCUCUGAGGUUGCGGUGAUAUUUAAUGACAAUGGAACGGGUAUUGGUGCGAUAUUCGGUGGUUAUUCUGAUGCACCGGAAAUUGUUCACGCGAUUGAGUGGUUAUCUGUGAGAUUGGGAUGAUGAAUUAAAUUCGAUGAAUAGCCCAUGAUAAAUAUGAUCGAUCAAUCCCGUUCAUUGUCCCCUUUAUAUUUUUGCCAUCGCAAUAUUAUUGGAGAUAUAAUGUACUGACGAGGAGGUACUGCAAACGCACAAGUAGUUGUUAAGCACAUUUGGAUACACAGAAUAUGAAAAUUCGUAUUGCCAUUGGAGUAAUGAUGCAAAAAUGUGAAAAAUAAUUGGUGAAUUUUUGUAAUUAAUUUCUCCAUCGCGAAUAUGAUCUGCUGAUUGUAUGGGAAAGAGUACACGGGACAGUACAAAAGAUUAAUAUCAGUAAUGAAUAUUUAAACGCCUUGGCCUAUGCACAAUAAUUGGAGGCAAAAAUGACUGGAGUGAAUAAAAUCGGAUGAAAUUAACGGAGAUGAGUCGAGAUAAUCAAAAUGAAUAGGGAGGAAAUUCAGAGGUUGUUGAAAAUGAGGAAGGAGGAUCGAUGAAUGCAGCGCGCAGCCUCGGGUUAAUGAUAAGAAAUAUCUCAGGGGUGCUAUUCAAUGCACUAGGUAAAACGUUAAGAAAAUAAACACAAAACAAAACUUUAUAAAAAAAAAACCAACAGAUAAAGAUAGACGAGCCAAUUGUGUUGUAGCUGAAUGAGAUCUUUCCAUAUAAUAGAGGCCGAUGAAAGACAAAAACCAAGAGACGACAGAAAGGAGAGAAAAAAGUAAGCGCGGAAUAAAAAAUAAUUAAGAGCCUCGUGAAAAUCCCUCGAACCAAAAAAAAAAAAAAAUCCUGAGAAUUAGCAAAAUAAAAGUGACCUAAAAAGACAUAUAAAAAUAGUUGAACUAUCAAAUUUAUUGGGUUGAGUUUUAAUUAAUCAAAGGAGAAAAUAUAAAGCCAACGGAGAAUAAGUGGCGAAAAAUAGAAAAAGCCCACAGUGCCAUGUUGCUUAGAUGAGUGAUGAAAAAAAGAAAAUUGUUAACUCCUCCAAAUUCUCGUGUUACGUGCUACAAUCAUUUAUCCCCUAAAUGAUUAACAACAAAUCUACCUGAAUAAUCACUAGACAGAGAGUGAGCACAAGCACGGAGAGUUGGAUUUAUAAAUGGCUGAAGUUCGAAGCAUAGAGUUGAAAUGACUCUGGUGUUACCAUAAUUCAUAACUCAAUGAUAAAAGUUGUUGAAAAAAUCGUGUAUCAUCACAAUUAAAAAAAAAAUAAUAAUUUUGUUAAGUUUAAUUGGACAAGCCGCAUUUAGCAACAUUUCAACGAUCGUUUACUCAUUCCCUAUAGACCAAUAAAUGAAAAAUAGUUGAUUCGAAUCACCUAUCAGUAACAAUAACGGAACAUAGCGAUAUCGUUGAAACAUACUCAAUUAUAAUACUUGUUAAUUAUCGAAUAAUGAAAGUUUUCUACGCGUCGCGGCUCUAAUACGAAUAAUUGUUACAGUUACCUUGUGAUUACUUUCAUGAAUAACUCAUGAUAUUUUGCUGAUUUGUUCUCCCGAUAUUAUUUCCACCUUGAUUAUUGAUUCUUAUCUACGGUCGUGAUGUCAAAUAUAAUUAAUUCAAAAGCUCCUCCCAUCCCCCACCCAUCACCCCACAAUCCCGAGAUCCUCGAAACUAAUUUUCCCUGGUAAUUAAGGGUGCUUGUGAAGAAUAUAAUGAUUUUAUGAGCCUCAUAUACAUAGAAAUUAGAUUAGCUGAAAAUGGAAGCGAGGGUGGUUGCCGCGACACAGAUUUCAUUAUCUGUGGUCUUCCUCGUUUCCAUUUUCAAUUUAUUCAUCAUCUUCUUCAGUACUUCGUCCUGCAACGAAACUACGUAUAGGCAGAGUAAAUGAAGAGUAAACAUCAACAUUCUCAACAAAUAUAGAUGAAAUAAAGAAUUUAGGGAUAGACUUUCAAUGUCGACUGAAUAAUCAUCUGUUACUGCAUUUAACGACAAUCGAGGUAUCAAUGACGUGUUGGGCCCUCGAUUAAUAGAUUCUAACUUCUUGUGCAUGUAUCUCAACGCUAUAAUAAUCUUACGAUUAUUAGUUUCCACCGGAAACUAAUGGAAUUUCAAAAAGACAAAUAACGGAAUAGUAACAGUAGACGGAUUGGGGCGCGAUCCAUCGCGCACACCGUGAAAUGUUACCCUCUUGAUUUCAAGCGCGUGCUAGUCACAUACAUAUAUUAACAAUAAAACACAAUAUGAGAAUGGUUAAUGCAUUGUAAGGCGCCAUUCUCAUUUAUUAUCACGAUAUAUGUGUCAUAUGUGUGUUAUUUAAUCUAGUAGCUACGUGUCGAUCGUUCAAAUGCGCCGGUUUAAUUGCCACCAUAAUAUAAAUAAAUAAUCGGUCUUAAAAUAAUACCACAAAAUUGACGUUUGGCGCUUGCAUAUUCAUGGCUGCAAGGAAAAUCAUAUGAAAAUUUGAAAUUGGCAAAUGGCGGGGUCGCCGAUGCGGCAAGGCACGACUCCCCAAUUAUUUCUCUACUCAUUAAUUCAGUGUAAAAUUAACAACGAAAAGAAUAAAUAAAUAAAUAAAAAUUGCAUCGCAGGAUGCUGUUCAAUGAUCAAAUCAGUGAGGUGGGGAGAUUUGGAUAAAUUAAUAGCAAUUAACAGAAUCAGUUGAUAUUGGCCAGCAGCCUGUUCAUCAGUCGUUCACACAGCAGAUAUCACCUCUUAACUAUGUGAUUAUUAAUGAAUACAGUAGCUGCAGGCACACUAUUACUUAAUAAUUAUCACACAAUAACCGACUAACUAAUAAAAGAUUUAAAAAACGAAAAAAAAAAUACCAAAGAAGUGAAGUAUAAUUAAGGAUACGUUGAGGGAAAGAUUAAAUCAUACUUAAAAUGCGAGUUCUAUCUGUCAUCGUUACUAUUAAGAAUUAUCGGAGUUUGGAAAAACUCUAAAAUUAGGAUUAAUUAAGUAUUAAGAGCAUAAACGUGUAGCGUGGGGGCGUAGAACAUUACUAAUGGAUAGAGAAAUAAAGAGUGAGGAAAAAUCCCAGAAAUAGGCGUAAAUGAAAUAUGUAACGUACCCUUAACCCUUUGCCGGCAUUUCAAGGUGCUUGAUACUUGGACUUUCAGAUGAAUAACCAGAACAGUGGACCGUUUGACUGAUAACACUGGCUUCUGGUGAAUUAGGCCUGGGGAUUAAUAUCCCCGAGGGCACCAAUUCGAGUGUCACAAUUAGGGCUAAACUCGAGCGCAUCACCAGAAACGUGAAAUUGUUCAUUUGUGAUUUGAAUCAGUGGUGGGCAGGAGCCACUGGAGUUUGAUAAAUCGUUUAUAUCCACAGGGUAGAGAGAAGCUCGAGUCAUUGGAGAUGUUGAAGCACGCAAGUGCGCUCCAGCUCUCAUACCCCACAUGAGGAUCACAUGAUUUGUCUGCUUGCGUGCCACUGUCCACUCUAAUCACCUUGAAUAACUCAGCAUAAACAAUUGUUAAUGAUCAAACGAUAAAUAAUAAAUGUCCAAGAUAAUUCAUCAAACACGUCGGAUAGAAGUCUAUGAUUUACCAAUCAACGGUGCACUUUAACCCGAAAUUAAUAAUAAAUCUAAUGGGUAUUGAUAAAUCGAUAUGUAAUCAUCGAAAUUCUGGGAAAUUACAAUUUUCACUGUUGCUAAUCACUGAAAGUUGAUUAGGUAAUGAAGUAUUAUUUACCAUGGAUGUUUCGCAUACGGUAAUUGACUAAAGUGGAUAAUUCAAACUCACGAGUGUGUAUUAUUUUUAUCAAUUUAAGAGGAUGACGAAAAAAUUAUAACUAAUUAGUAAUCAAAUAAAUGACGUUACCGGCUGUCGUAAUGAUAAUAUAUAAAUAUGCUAUCUAUAGAGGAUUUAAAUACGUAAGUUGAUAAACGAUUUGUGGUAAAUGCGCACUGUAAUGGCGAGGUAAUUAGUCAUUUAAACGGUGAUUUAUAGGUAAUGGUGAGCGAGGCUGGGCCACUCCGAGCCCGAUCAUUGCUGAGAAAAAAAUCGAGAGAUUAUUGCCAUCCUCGGGAAUGAGUGGAACAUCCUCGGUGCCAAGUUAGAGUCGGCACGUUAUAUAUGUGGAUGCCCUUUAGAUUUAUCUGUUGAAUUAUUAUUAAUAUAUUAAUAUACCAUAAGGUAAUGUGUAACAGCAAAAUAAAACAAUGGGGUCGCAACAAA